UAGAGCUCUUCUCUUUUCCUCUCCUCUCCUUUAGUAUUGAUUUCUUAUUUUUAAUUUUUUGUAGAGUAGAGAUAGAGAUAUCUUAAAACCCAAUCCAUUCUCUAUGCUAAAGCAUCACCAGAUUUAUUUGCGUAAAACCCACUUGAUUGCUUCACCUUCCUGGGUUCCUCCCUCUCUCUCUCUCUCUCUAACCCCAAUGACUUGAAACCUAAGCAUGAUUUUCUCUCCCCCUUUAAAUCAUCGGCAAUAAUCUUAAUUUCCCCACACAAAAACAGUAAACAGAUCUUCCCUUGUGUAAACCCUUCAGGCUAUCGACCAGGUUGAGGUGGGUACUUGAAUUCUCAGCGGAGAGUUCGACAUCAUCAUCAUCAUCUUAAUUCUCAAAAUGGGGCGCCAUUCAUGUUGUUUAAAGCAGAAGCUAAAGAAAGGUUUAUGGUCUCCUGAAGAGGACGAGAAACUGUUCAACCAUAUCACUAGAUUUGGUGUUGGUUGCUGGAGUUCAGUUCCCAAACAAGCAGGCCUGCAAAGGUGUGGCAAGAGUUGCAGACUGAGAUGGAUAAAUUACCUGAGACCAGAUCUUAAGAGAGGAAUGUUCUCUCAGCAAGAAGAGGAUUUGAUAAUCAGUCUCCACCAAGUUCUGGGCAACAGGUGGGCUCAAAUUGCAACACAACUGCCCGGAAGAACUGACAAUGAGAUCAAAAACUUCUGGAAUUCAUGCCUGAAGAAGAAACUGAGGCAGCAAGGGGUUGACCCGAAUACCCACAAGCCCUUGAGCGAAACUGAAGUACGAGAAGAUGAGAACAAGUGCAGAGAAGCAGACUCCUCGUCUCAACCUAAAAGGCUUCGACGCACAUCGAACUCGGAAGAACUCGGCCAAGCAUUUGCUGUUAAUAGUUCCAUCUACCAGGAUUCCGGACUCAAUGAAGCUUCGGAAAAUAAAGUUCUGACAAAACCAGUCUUUGAUCCCUUUCCUUUCUUUGAGUUCCAACCGGGUGUUAAUCCUGUUGGGGAUAACUCGAACCUUCUCUCCCAAUAUCACCAAAAUUUCAUACCUUUGGACCAGACCCAAUUGGCCACCAACUUCGAUUUCGGGUUUACUUCGAUGCCUCGAUUAACAAAUUUGUCUGAAACAGACAGUUCGGAUAACAAUUCGUCUUCGAGGCUGAGCAGCUUAUUCUUCAAUGGAACAAAGGAAAAUUCUAGUAACAGUAGCAAUAUGAACAGUCAGACAGAGUUUCAGAUGAACAACAUGGUUAGCACUGCAAGCUUUUCUUGGGAGUCUGGGACGAGGUUGGAGCCUAUGUUUCAGUUUCAGCUUCACGGGAUCAAAUCUGAAGAGCUGGAGCUACGUUCAUGGCAAGAAGAUCAGCAACAACAAACCCAGAGUUCGGAUGAUUUCAGUAGCUUUCCACUGACGUCGCUAUCGGAGGACCUAACUGGAGUGGGUUUCGAUAUCUAUGAGCAGAUUUAGACUGUAAAUCCGGCGCCUAGUUCCACCAUUUCUUUUCUUUUUUUUUUGGAUUUUACACCCCCUCCCACCUACCAAAAAAAAAUCAUAUAGAUGUUGACAGUACAUGGGGAUCCUACUGAAAGGUUUGAGUUGGUGAUUCUUUGAGUUUUCCUUUUCUUCUGUUUUUCUUUCUCUUCUUUUAUCUACAGAAAGUCAUGGAAUAAUGUUGUUGGAGUUGUGUGGAUGAAAAUGAAUUCUUAUUCUGUAAAUGGAUUUUGCAGAAAUGCAGUGAUGAGUUUGUUCCAAGGUCACCAAUAA